AAUUUUCUCAAAGGUCAAGGCUGUUUAACAGGAUUUGUAAUUUUUCUAUAAUUUCCUCAAAUAAAUGUGUAAUUUGUCACAAUAAGAAUCAAGAUGCCGCAAAACAGAUCUGGUGGUCUACCGACCGAAGUCGUCAAUGUACUGAAUGACUGGUUGCCAGUUGGAGUCGAUGCUGAAGAAGCCAUAGGAGCUGUCUCCAUGCCUUCUGAUGGACAAUCUAAUACCUUCGUUGUAAACAUUGACCCAAACACAGAAGAGCCUGCAAACGGAAAUAGGACUGGUCACGGCCAUGCACAUUCACAUUCCCAUGGUCACGGUCAUAGCCAUGAUGCCCAGCCCCCACCACAACAAACUGCCACCAUUGGCCGACCUGACCUGAUGACGCUGUGGAAACUUACCCAAGGCUUUGCACCAUUUCUUUUGCUGAUAUUUGCAAAGCUUCUCUAUGAUCACAGACUAGGUGUGCUCAUACUGAUUGGUGUGUGUGGGACCUUCUAUCAUUCUAAUACAGUGCUGGUCAAAUUGGUUGGGAACAGGGAUUCAUACCCAUACCCGACGCUGAAGCUCCUGUCAAUUAUCUUCUUUCUUGUUUUGAAUGUGUUUGCUAUCUACUUUGUUUUUGCUGACCAGCAAUUGUAUAGGAGUUUAUAUUUCAGCCUGCCAGGCAUAGAAAAGGUGGAUUUCUGGAUGUUGCUCUGGAUUGUCGGUAUCACCGACUUUGUCAUCAAGUUUGUUGCCAUUGGAUUGAAGACUGUGAUAACUAUUAUUCCAAAAGCAUGCAUUGCCACAAAAAGAAGGGGGAAAUACUACAUGUUUAUUGAAUACACAGCUCAAUUCUACCGUUGCCUCACGCCGGUCACUCCAUGGUGUUAUUUUCUCCUGGAUUCCUCAACGGGAGCUGAAUGGUUUUCAUAUUUUCUCCUUGGAAUAUACGUCUUUUGCAAGGCUUCAACCUGCCGGACGAAGUGUAACGAGUUCAUCUCAGCGUGGAGAAAGUUCAGAGUAGAUGUGAACUAUGGUUCAAGCCCAAGCUCUGAUGAUAUGAAAACGAGUGGUGGUGAUGCGUGUCCUAUAUGUCAGGAUGAUUAUCAUGAUCCAGUUAUGCUGACUUGUAAGCAUAUUUUCUGUGAAGACUGUGUAUCGAUGUGGUUCGACCGCGAGCCAACGUGUCCAAUGUGUCGGGCAGCCAUUGCUGAAAACCCUGCUUGGAGGGAUGGAUCAACGGCAGUCGGUGUGCAGUUAUUUUAAUUGAUGAGGGGAUGGGAUGGAAUUUCCACGUUUAAAUGUUCCUUUGACGUUAUGAGGUCUUCAUUGGUUGAUCAUGGGGCUGUGUGAUUGACAAUUUACAUCACAUCAGUCCAGUCAGUCACCAAAUUUCUGCCGUAGUUUGUUUUAGGGCUAGAUUGAUUGUACUAGUCUGAAAUGACUGCAGCAUGAACAUGUCCUGGUGCCUAGCCAUAGAUGGGGUUUGGGGUAUUGUUGUAAUUUUGGCGAGAAGUACUAUCAUGUGAUAGAGAAUAGCUUUAGUUAAGGGUAUUCACCAUGCUGACAGAGCUGUAUCAUGGUCAAGAUCUAGGUAUUGUAUCCUCAAAUUUCAUGAAAAAGAAAAUGGCUGAAUAUUGCACGUGUGAUAAAGAUUGCUUCUCUGCAGCAUUCUUUACAGUAGUGCUGACUCAGUUAUGAGUACAUUCUGUAUAAAAAAGGGAUAGGUCGGAAAAGAGAUAACCACCUGCAGCCCAGCAUAAACCAGAAACCUUCCAGUGUUUCCUUCUAAAACGUUAGCUGUUGGUGUUAUCUCCCCUACUUUGAUAAUAAGUAACCUUACCACAUGGCUAGGUUUCGUGAGGCAGCAAAUUCCCGGUCAAGACCACUUUGCGUGAGGGCUAAUUUUGUUGGGGUGUGAAUUUCACUCGGUAGGCCCAUGGGCCUUAUCUUAGGGUAAGGAUUGGGUGAUGGAAUGCCAUAGAUAUUGAUGUCUGUUACUGCUUACCUUUUUGCUGUAUGAAUCUUAAAGUGCCAGUCUCAUGCCUAACACUUUUCUAGUCAGAAGAAAAAUACCUUGUCACGCGCGCGCAGAGUUUCUAGAAGUCUCCAUUACACGCAAUGACUUUAGUAUUACUUCUGACCAGAAUGUGGGAAACUAUAGGAAAUGUACCACUUUUCUUCCUUUGCUAAGUAGGGGUUUCAAAUCAUCUAUACUUGGUGGUGCAAAGAAGUGUAGCUAAAACAGAAGAAGGGGUUAUGUGUCCCGGUUUAAGCUUCAGCUUUCCUAUCUUGUGUUAUCAGGCAGGGGAGGGGAGGGAGGUACUGUUUGGUAGCUAGCGUUACCAUUCUUUUGGCUUAAGUGGGAUGCUAGGGUAAAAUUCAAGGUGAUAUGAUCAUGUGUGUAUUGAAAAUAAUUGUUGCGGUGUCAUCAGCUUAUUCUGUGCAGUAGUGAUAAUAAAGCCUUUACUCUUACUGUUGCAUCAUGUGACUGCGGCAGGAUUGUGGUAGCCUUAUUUUAUCCCCGGUUCUCAUCCUGGCAUUUGAUGAUGCAGUCUUGCGUCACUGCUGGUCAUGCUAGUACUUCUGGUAAGCCUAUUCUCCAUCAUAGAUCAGAGAAUCCAUACUUGCUACAAUAUAGGAAGAGGAUACUGGCCACUGAGGGAUAAUCACAAGCUACCUCAACCCUCCCACAACAAAAAUGUAGCUUGAAGAAUUUUGCUAUUGUGCAGAAAGUGUAUGUGAAGAGUAAUAAGCAACACGAAGAGAAUAUUUUCAGUUGGGGAAAUGGGACUUUACUUCUCUUAUUAUCUUCUAUGUGAUAUGAUGUGACCUUGUCUAAUAAGACUGAGAAUCUGUCCACAAGGGUUAUUUUGAUAAAGAAAGUGUAAAUAUGACGUCUAGUAUUGUUAAAAGUCUAAAAAUAAAUUGUCUAAUGUGUUUA